UUAUCCUUUUGUAACAACACUUUAAAACCGCAAGCUGCUUUAAUCAAUUUCUGCGAAUAAACUUGUUGCCAGAAUUGGCUUUUUUGAGAAAGCUGAUUCACCGGAGAGAACAUGACUUCUAUGUUGGCGUGUUCCUUACUUUUUCUCAGUCUCAGUGUGGCAUAUGUAUCUUGCCUUCAGGUGGAAGAUAAGGAUGUCAACGCCGAACCAAUGAAGACUUUUUGGUGGAGGCCCUUAAAUUUUAAAUGUCCAGCAAUUUACGGGCGUUAUCCUCACGAGACGGACUGCGCUCUCUUUUAUGAAUGUCGAUUCGGCUAUCCCACUUUAAUGAGGUGCCACGCAGGAUUGUUGUACGACGAGGAUAGGGAACAAUGCAGAGUCAAGAACAAAGUUAGGUGCAGUAAAGGAGGAAAUAAAGGUGUCACGGAUGUUAUCGAAGAAGAAAUUCCCAGAGUUUUCGUAUGUCCAUAUAUCUGGGGCACUUUCGCUCAUCCAAGAGACUGUUCCAAGUACUUCAUUUGCAUUUACAAUGUUCCGACACUCUACAUGUGCUAUGGUACAGACUUAUACGAUGCCAGAGAAAGAAGAUGCAAGUACAAGCACUUAGUGAAUUGCGGGAAAAGGCUGGACAGAGAUCAAAUGAGAACUAGCAGAAAGCAGGUUGAUCUACCCCGGACAACUCCAAUGUAUCCAAAUACAGCAGCAACCAAAAAACCUAAACCUCCAGUCCACAAAUUUGGCUGUCCCUUUCCUUAUGGUCGUUAUCCUGAUCCUGAGGAUUGUUCCCGUUACUACGAGUGUAGAUUUUCAAUACCCACUCUCUAUCAAUGUCCAAAAUCCACUCUUUACGACGAGCGGCGAGAAAGUUGCAUGGAAGACAAGUACGUACGAUGUGGCAAUCGACCAGGAGGAGUUGGAGGAGGUAAAGAACCGGAAAAAGAUGUGAGAGUAGUGUUUCGAUGCCCCUAUAUUUGGGGUACAUUUCCUCAUCCUGAAGAUUGUUCAAAAUAUAUCAUCUGCAUCUACAAUGUGCCUACGCUUUUUAGUUGCAGAAAACAUGAACUCUUUCAUGCUUACUAUAGGAGAUGUUUUCCAAAAGAGCAAGUUAGCUGCGAUUAUAGAAUUAACCCUGACGAUCUCACUCCGCCAACUAAGAAAACUUCUAUAAUACCAACUAAGAAAAUGACAACACCUACGACUACUACUACGCCUACUACGCCACAGACAACUGCAACCACUACCACUAAGCCCACGACAACUGCAACUACUUCGAAACCAAAAACUGCAACAUCUCCAACACCUGCACCUACGCCCAAAGUAACGAAGCCAAACACUCCUCCGCCAACCGACUGUGAUGAAUAUGAUUUGGAUUGCAUCAUAGAUGAAACUGGAGAUAUCACUAAAUGGUUUGAAUGCCCUCAGAGGUACGGACAUUUUCCUCAUGGAAGCAGUAUCCAACUUUUUAUCCAUUGCGACAACUGGAUCCCUUUUGUCAAGAAGUGCGCAGAGGAAACUGCUUUCUCUCCUAAAUAUCUCGUGUGCAUGUGGAUCGGCAAGAGAAUAACUCGAAUGCCAACAUAUAGUAUAUAGUCUAAGUAAAAUUAGUUUCUUAUAGUUCACCUUCAAAUAAAAAUUUCUAAGCAAU